AUGCGAGAUGAUCUUUACCUCUCCCCUGUGCUGAAACGCGUCAGCGAUUCAGCGAAAGAUAUUGUAGAAAACCUCAAAACCUAUGCAAAAAAGUGCCAGUGGCUAGUGUUGUGGUUGGACUGCGACCGUGAGGGAGAAAACAUUGCUUUUGAGGAGGGCUUUUUUUCCCUUUCUGCCGUUACACUGACUGCAGCGCCUCGUUGGUUUGCGUUGUGCUCCAAAGUCGCCCUCACUGAAUAUGAGUUCUGUUCAGGGCAAGACGUAGAAAGGGCAUGCCAGCAUCUGCAGCAACCAAAUGAAGCGCUUGCACAGGCGGCGGACGCCCGGUCCGAAGUGGACUUACGCAUUGGCGCUGCCUUCACGCGGUUUCUUACGAAACGGUACCAAAAUAAGCUGUCACUCCAGAAGGGACUAAUAAGGGAAGACGAAGAAAGACCAGGUCACCGUCUCCUUGUUGACUUCCAGUGGGGGCGACAACGCCUUUUUGACCGAGCCGUCGUAAUCGCUUUCCUUGAGCUGUGCUGUGAAAACCCCGAAGCGCUCAUCACUGCUGUCGACAGCCGCGAAGUUACUAGACAAAGACCUGUGCCUCUAAGUGGGCCGUUGCUAAGCGCGAAGCUCACUGAGUUGAUUGCUGACUAUUUGAUUCGCCUCAGAAAUGCUUGCGUUGCUUCUUAUGAUAAAAGCCAUGCCAUUUUGAUAGCACUGAUUUUUGUGUGCCAGGUGGUUUUGAAUGGCCUCGCGAUGGACCAAAUGACGAUGCUAGAAGAAUGCGAAAAUGAUGAUGAGUGGAAGGUCAGAAGGUGGCAACUUCAUGACAAGCAGUUUUGGAGAAGCAGCUGGAAGGAGAUCACCAAUAUGAACUGCAUAUAUGUGUUUUUCCGCUCAGCUUUACGAGGCAAUCACCAGGCACUUCCUUGCUUGUUGCAGGUAUUGCUAAUUUCUAGGCUCAUUCUGAACUACACUGCGUUCCGCCUUGCCUUCUUUCGCGUUGAAGUCUCUGAUGCCAUUGGCUUCGAGACUAAAAUAGAAUUGGAUAUUGCUGGGGAGACGUUUUCAGCAACGGGACUCGUCGUGCUGGAGAAGAACUACCUGGAGGUAUACCCCUACGACUCGUGGGCAUCACGCCGGUUGCCACGAUUCUUAUUGCAUGAACGGUUUACCCCACAGGAUGUGACAAUCCAGGCAGGAAGCACGCAGCCUCCUACUCUCCUUACCGAAGCUGAACUUAUCGACAAGAUGGACAAAGAACGGAACUAUGCUAUUAAAACGGACUCUCAGCAUUUUAAGCCUACCGACCUCGGUGUCGCCUUGGUCGAGCCUGACUUACGAGCCAGCAUGGAACGAGAUAUGACGCUAAUUGCACGAGGGGUGGAGAGGAAGGUGAGACUGGACUCAGUUCCGGUGCUAUAG